AUGGGUGGAAAAGUCUUGUUGACGAGUUCUGUAAGAAGACGGGAAAAGACUAUGAUAAAAAAAAUAAAAAAUCAUUGGGAUUACAUGAAAGGAGAAUGGACACUUUUUAAGCAGUUGAUGAGAGGGGAGACGGGGUUAGGAUGGGAUGCCACGAAAAAUACGAUUAUGGCAGAUGAUGAUUGGUGGGAGCGAAAAAUUAAGGAGAAUGCAAAAUAUAAGAAAUUUAGGAACAAAGAUCUUUCGCUCAUAUGGUUUCGCUACGAUGCACUGUUUGCUGAUGUUGUUGCCACAGGAGAAAGAGCACGUGCAGCAAAUCAAGAACAAUCAUCGGGCAUUGGACUUAAUCUCGAUGAAGAAGGGAUAAAUGUUAUUGAUGAUUGUGACAAAGAACACUUCACUUAUCUUAAUGAUGAAAUGAGCGAUGAAAGUGAUGAUCUACAGAAUAUAAAUUCUGUUGUGUUUCCAGAGCCAUCACUAAAAAGACAAAAAUCAACUGAUGGUGUUAGUAGCAGUAGUCAAGUAAGAAAGAGUAAGAAAAAAACAGCUGCAACAUUAAUAAAAGAGGAUAUACACUCUCUCAUAGAGUUUAUGUCUAGCAAAAGCACUGCUACAUCUCCUGCAGUUGAUGAGACAUCCAUCGAGAAGUGUAUUGGCACGUUGGGACAAAUUCCCUGGAUAUUCUAUGCCUGGAUUGAAAUGGAGAGUUCAAACUCUAGUGACAUAAUAGAUCCUUAUCCAAGUUAUUCGUCAGACGAUGAAGAUGAAGAAAAACUGGAGGAAAUACAGAGGAGCAAGUUGAGAAAGGAAUGGACUGCUGAAAUGAGAGAUAUAUUCCAUCUGUUGAUCCUGAUGUUGGUCAGUCUUUGA